UCUUUACACCUGGCCUGCUCAGUCUGUUGUUCUCAGCUCCUGCAUCGUCCCCUCAGUAUUAGUCAGUCGUUCACCUUGUUCAGAACACCGCUGCCAGGCCCCUCACAUGUACCCAGAAAAGCGACCAUAUCACAUCUAUUAAAGCCUCUCUCCACUAUUCUCCAGUUGGAAGUCAAAACUGAGCUGAUUUACACAUCUUUACCAGCUGAAGACAAACUGGGUGGAGACAAUUUUUUGUCUGUAUACUUUGGACUGGAAAAUACUUUCAAAACUAACGUGCUCUGGCGGUUGUGACACUCAUUUCCUGGAUAAAAGGUUGGAGGCUGUAUCAUUGUACACUGACAUCUGCUGUUAAAUUUUUACCAACAGUGAGUUCUCGUCCUCGAUUGACAUGGCGGUGGCUGCCCUGGGCCAACCAUUUACCUUAGGAAUGCUGUAUGAUGGUCGGAAAGAUGAACUUAUCCCAGGUUUCACACUGUGGGAUGAAGCAACUCUUCAGAAGAACACAGUUACAAGCUCUCAGCACAGUAGUGAAUUUGAGAUAACAAUAUCUGAUUGUAUUGAAGACAAGUCCUCUCAACUGGACAUUGAUGCCUCCCUAAAAGGCAGUUUCCUGUGUGGGCUGAUCAAAGCUGAGGGAUCUGCCAAGUAUCUGAAUGAUAAGAAGAAAUUCAAGAAUCAGAGCAGAGUGACAUGUCAGUACAAAGCUAUCACCAACUUCAAACAGUUGUCAAUGACUCACCUCGUAACCAUGAGCCCCCAACAGAUGGAUGUUCUUGAGAAGGGCUUUGCAACACAUGUAGUCACCGGCAUCCUUUACGGUGCAAACGCUUUCUUUGUGUUUCACAGUGAAAAGUUAGAUGCCAGCAACGUUAAGGACGUCCAGUGCAGCAUGGAAGCUGUAAUAAAGAAGAUCCCCUCAUGUAAUGUUGAUGGGAAAGUAGAGAUGAAGCUGAGUGAUGAGGAAAAAGACCUGACCAAGAAAUUCUCCUGCAAAUUCUAUGGAGACUUCAUUCUUGAAAGCAACCCUACAACAUUUGAAGAUGCAGUGAAGACCUAUGUACGACUUCCAAAGCUGCUGGGAGAAAAUGGAGAGAACAGUGUUCCAGUGAAGGUCUGGCUGAUGCCACUGAAGAAUCUGUAUCUAAAAGCUAUUGAGCUGACGAGUGGGGUCAGCGUUAGACUGGUGAGAAAGGCUCAAAAAGCUCUGCAGAACCUGCAUGAUCUAGAAAUAGGAUGCAACGACUUUCUGGAGGACAAAGUAGUGAAAGAUUUUCCACAAAUUCAUGAAAAGCUGAGCAGUUUCCAGAAACUCUGUGUCCGUUUAAGAUCUGCACUCGAACAGACCAUGGCAAAGAAACUUCCAUUGAUCAGGACAGGAGAGGAAGAUGAAAGCAAAUUAGAAAAGGUCUUCGAUGACGGAAACAAGACACUGUUCAGUCAUGAGAAAUUAACCAAGUGGACGGAUGAUAAAGAGAGAGAAUUCAAUGUCAUCAGGUCCUGUGUAGAGAUGAUGGAGGGAACAAAGAUUGUCCCAGAUCAGUCAGAGCCGGACAGACAGGUUCUUGCUCCAAGUGUAGAUGAUGUUUUGUGCUUUGUUUUCACCUCUCUGGAAACUACUGACCCCUACCUUCAGAAACUUGCUCACUAUGUGGAUCUAUUUAAGUUAGACGGAACCUUGGGUGCCACGCCACCUGCAAAAGACCAGUGGUACUUCUCAGAAGAAGUGAUAACCACAAUGAGAAAAAAAGCCAAAGCUUUCCAUGAUCUUGCAAAAGCACUGAAGAACAGCAGCAGAUUCUGUUUCCUUGUAGCGGCCAUUGCAAAUGAGAAGUACAAAGGGGCAACCAUGUACCACUACAAGAACAGCAUUCUGGUCACUGAAGACUUCUCAAAGCCUGAUGUCACUGAUGUGGAAAAUGUAACAGACAGAAGAGAUUUACUCUGGUAUGCCUGUGAUCUCACCCUGGACCCAAACACAGCAAACAACCACCUCGUUCUGUCUGAGGGAAACAAGAGGGCGACACAUGGACCACCGCAGUCAUACCCUGACCUCCCACAGAGAUUCAAAAAGCUUUCUCAGGUUCUGUGCAGGGAGGGGCUUACUGGGCGCAGUUACUGGGAGGUGGAGUGGAGUGCUGGCAACCAUGAAGAUGUUGCUGUGGGUGUUUGCUACAAAGGACUGUUCAGGAAAGGAAAAGGCGACUGGUGCAGGCUUGGAUGGAACGUCAUGUCCUGGUGUUUCGGCCAUCGAUGGUCCCCACUAUCUCCAAAGGCUACUCUCUAUGCAGAGCAUGCUAACGAGCGCCACUCUUUCCCUUUUCCAGCUACCGGCUGCACUCGCCUGGGAGUUUAUCUGGACUGGCCUGCUGGCACUCUGUCCUACUAUAAGGUCUCAUCUGACACACUCAGUCACAUUUACACCUUCUCCAGCGAGUUCUCUGAGCCUGUUUACCCAGCCUUCUUGAUCUUUCAUGAUACCAACUACGUGUUCCUGUCUCUGUAAACUUGGCACCACACCACAUCAGUUCGUGACAGAUCCAAAGUCCUGCCUCCCUUAAUUACGGCUAAGUCUGACAAGCUUGACAUAAGGAAACAUGGCCAUGCCGGUUCCAUUUAGCCAGGUGCUGCUUCAAGAAGCCAUUAGUCAGGACUACAGUGUGCAGUGGAAGGAUAUCUUUGUGAUGCUCCUCUGUCGCAAGGCGUCCCCCAGAGGUCAGUGCUCGGUCCUCUCCUAUUCGUCCUCUACAUGCUCCCCCUUGGUAACAUCAUUCACAGCCAUGGUCUCAACAUCCACUGCUAUGCUGAUUAAGUCCGACUCUACAUCUACCUAAAUCCAUCACCACUACAACUCACUCCACUCUGACCACCUGCCUCUUUGAAAUCAAAUCCUGGAUGCAAGCCAACUUUCUUUAACUGAACUUUGAAAAAUUUAUCAUGAUCAUCAACGUUCCCAAAUCCCUUGUGAAAACCACUCACAACUUCUGUCUCAGCAUUGAUAACUCUACUCUGCAUUCCUCCUCACACAUCUUCAACCUCUGAGUUAUUUUCAACAGCAACUUCUCCUUCGAAAACACGUCAGUCAACUCACCAGUGCUGCCUACUGCCACCGAAAAACAUAGCUCGUCUCCGCCCAUCACCCUCCCCCUCUGCUGCCGAAACUCUCGUCCAUGCCUUUGUCACAUCCAGAUUUGACGACUGUAACCGUGGCCGGCCGAUAAAAAUCAAUAGCUUCGAUUAAAAACUACAUAUAAACACAAAAAAUGUUUAAAAAUGAAUGCAGAGACGAUGCCACCUAGGGUUAAAGGAGCCCAAGGACUUCAUACAAGGCUACAUGGGCUCCUUUAAAAUCAGGGGUGACCAGAGUUGAAAAACACAACUGAAGAAUUAAAGAACUUAUUACAUAAAGCUGUAAGAUGAUUAAAAUGUCUCUUAAAACCAAAACACCAAGAUUUUCCGCUCUCUGUCUCCCCGUCCCACAAUGCAUUCAAAUCACAGUCCUUCUCUUCACUCAUAAAGCCCUCCAUAACCACGCCCCCUCCUACCUCACCGAGCUGCUCCAACGCCACACUCCUCCCCACAGUCUCAAGGAACCUUAGCCUUCAUCUUUUCUUACAAACAAUAAUUCAUGUCAUCUUAAAAAUAUGUCAGCGACCAACCUGUCUGUCCCCUCCAAAUCUCGGGAAAAACUCACUAAAGAAAAAAAAGGGGCCUCACUGUUACUUUAGUGAACAGAAAAUAAAAUAAUAAAAAAAUAUACCUCUGAAAAACGGUUAAGGACAAAUACUCUCUAAAACAUUUGAAACUAAAUACAAAGUGCAACCUGCACUGGACCUGAAUGCACCACAGAGAGUCGGAUGCUGUAUUCAGGUCCAGUGCAGGUUGCUCAUGCUGAUCUGUGUGUGUGUGUGUGUGUGUGUGUGUGUGUGAGAGAAGAUCUGCUCACACACUGCAAACAUGCGCAGAACACAGCGCUCCCUGCCGCACGACAGGAGUGCCGUCUGCAGAGCCCACAGGCCGGGGUGCGCUCGAUUUCUUCUUCAUAUCACACAGUGGGGCGGGGCUUCCCUUUCAAAGCAAAUUGGGAUUCUUCAACUCAAAACAGCAAAAGAAAACCAGUUCACCAGAAUGAUUUCUACACUUAAUUAGGCUGAUACCAUAGAUCUAAUGUCAAUUUCUUCAUACAAUUUUCUGAGUUUUAAUAACAUAAGUAUAAGUUUAUCAGCCAAAUAUGAAGUCAUAUUUUAUCUACACAUAGAUUAUUAUCCCUUUUUGUUAACAUCCGCUUUAUUCCCUCAUUGUCUAGGGUCCCACAGAUAUUAAUGAUAAUUUCUUGAUCAAAUAUACACAAGAAAAGGUAAGAAAGUAUUUUUGUUUAAUAUGUUGUAUGGACUUUUGACUUUUUGC